CAUUAGUGACCGUUCAGAAGGAUCCUGUAACUCAGUGCUCGGAUGAUACUGCCAUGUCGUCAGGAAAAUCAGUCUUGAUCAUUGGGCCAGGUUUUAUUGGCUGGAAUGUCCUGGACCGUCUGAUAUCCGAGAAUUACAAGGUAACAGGCUUGGUUCGACGAGUGGCCCAUGGUCAACAGAUCCAACUCUCUGGCGCAACCUUUGUUGUUUCGAACCUUGAUGACCGAACAACCAUCAAGAACCAGACUCUCCAACAUGACAUCAUCUUCCAUACCGCAACAGCCGACCAUCUCCCCAGUGUCGAAGCUGUUCUCGAUGGAAUUCGCGAACGAGCUGGCCAAGGCAAGUCGACAAUAUUCAUUCACACUUCAGGCACUGGCGUGUUGAACGAUGACUCCAAUGGCGCUUUCGAGUCCGACAAGAUCUACCACGACGAUAAUCGCGCCGAGGUCGAUUCCGUUGCAGAUGACGCGCCGCAUCGUCCUAUCGAUUUGACCAUUGUGCGAGCCCAGAGGGAAAUAGGUGACAAAGCGAAGAUCGCUAUCAUGAUCCCACCACUCAUAUAUGGAUUCAAUCCAGUCCAUCGCCGACUGUCCAUUCAGAUCCCCACGUUGACCCGGUUUGCCCUGAAGCACGGCUAUGCUGGCCAUGUAGGCCCAGGCUUGAGUGUUGAAUCACAAAUCCAUGUGUUGGAUCUGGCCAGAGCAUACAUUGUAUUAUUGCACCAUAUGGAGGCCAGUGCACCCGACGAGUUUCUCGACAACCCUUAUUAUUUUUGUGAAAACGGAUGUGAUACCUCAUGGAAGGCCAUUGCAACAAUGAUCGGACAAGGUCUCGCGAAAGCUGGAAAAGUUGAGAGUUCGGAGCCAAAGACCAUUCCGGAGAGUGACUAUGAUGAUCUUUUCGGAAGAGAGUAUACUGGAGCGACCAUUGGGUUGAACAGCAGAAGUCGUGCAGUCAGGCUGAGACAGCUGGGCUGGGAACCAAAAGAGCGGAGUGUGCAGGAUAGUUAUGAGAUGUUCGAACUGCCACAGAUUUUAUCCGAGGUUGAGAGCACCUGAAAUGGUGACCAAGAGUCAUAAAAAGUAACCUUUCUG